UCUUUGCAGCUGAGUCUAAUGAGCUAUGUGCUUUGUAAAUCGCAUGGGAAUCAACAUGGAGUAAUGGAUAUCCCAGAGAAAUACAAACAUCUAUGGAUAUAUUGGGAUGUUCAUGCAUUCAUUUUGCUCAGCAUCUUCAUCCAAAUUGUCCUCCUUUUUCUUGGCCAUCUUAGAAAAACUUUUGCUUUGAGAUGGAUGCAAAUGAUCUUAUGGGGUAGCUACCUCAUUGCCGACUUGCUUGCCAACUUUGUUCUCUUCCACCUAUGCAAUGUCAUGGAUGAUUUCUCAUUCUCCAAUGCUAUUAUCGCAUUUUGGGCUCCCUUCCUCAUCCUUCACCUCGGUGGCCCCGACACUAUCACAGCUUACUCCAUAGAAGACAAUGAGCUUUGGGCCCGCCAUCUUCUCGUCCUCCCCUUUGGGCUCAUCUUUACCUUUUAUGUCCUCUUUCGUUCCCUUCCAAACAUACGCUUACUUGCCCCCACCCUUUUGAUAUUUUUAGUGGCAAUCAUUAAAUAUUUAGAGCGCUCUUACUCACUUUACAAAGCUAGUGUUAAUGGCUUUCGCAGCUCCAUUAGCUCCUCUUAUAAAAAACUAUCACUAGAAGAUUUGAACCCUUUGAAUCAAGCUUUCUAUUUAUACUCUACUUGUAGGCCUUUCUUCAUCAAUCUUACUCCAAACUUGGAGUUGUAUACUAAAACAAGAAAUUUGAUAAAUGAUAUGCCAACAAAGGAGGUUUGGAGGGCGAUGAGUAUGGCACUUGGUUAUGUUUAUGAUGAGUUUUACACCAAGGCAAUUAUAAAUCACUCUAUAGUUGGGUAUGGUCUUCGGGUUCUAUGCUCCAUUUGUAUUUUCUUGGCUUUUUGGCUUUUUCAUAUAGUGCCCAAGGAUGAUUUUGGCAAGUUUAAUGUGACAAUCACUUAUAUUCUUCUUGUGACCUCUAUGUGCCUCGAUAUCAUGGCUACUAUUAUGCUUAUGUUCUCGAAUUGGAUAGUUUCUUCUCUACUCAGUUUUAAGAAAUUAAGAAACUGGAGCGUGUUGCUAGCUAAUUGCAUUGCUAGAAUUCAAAAUGUGUGGCAUAAGAGAAGACAUUGGUUGAUAAAGAUGCCACAGUUGAGUUUACUCAAUAAUUGUCUCAAUAUUUCUGCGCCAAAUAGAGCUCUUCAUAAAAGUAUGAUGAAUUGGAUUGUAGAAAAGCUAGACUUUGCGCAGGAGGUAAAGUUGUACUCAGGAUGGAGAACUAUAACAAAUGAAAAUUAUACAUUGCAGACGUUGCAGCCAGCACAUGCAAACGAGGAGAUUAUUAAGAUUAUUGUUUCAGAUGUAAAAAAUUGUUUAACAGUAAUCCGUUAUGAUCAGGUUGUCCUAGGAUAUGCUAAAAUUUUGAAAUUCAACAAAAUGGAUUGGGCUAUCCCAGCAUUUGUUGAGCUUUUAGAUGGGAUGUCACUUGAUCAACAAGUAUUUAUAUGGCACAUCACCACUGAGCUCUGCUUUUAUUGGAAUCCAAAGUCUGUACAUAUCUUAUGUCCUCAUCAAAGAGAGACAGAAGAAGAGGAAAUCAUAUCAAGAGUAAGAAAGUGCCUAGAGAUCAUGAAAGCUUGUAAGUAUUUGUCAAACUAUAUGAUGUACACGGUGCUAAUGCGACCAGAUAUGAUGUCUACUACGGUACAAGCAAGCCCAAUGUUAUUUUAUCAUGCAUUUGAUGAAAUGGUUAAGUUCAUUCGCAAUUACACAAUGCAAAAUGCAAAAGUCGAGGAGGUGUGCAGGAAGAUAAUGGCUACUCCAAUAGUGUGGACCGAUAAUAAUAGAUCUUUAUUUUCCAUUGCACGAGCACUUGCUGAUUUGAUGCUUAAAAUCGAGGAAGAUGAGAGAUGGAAAGUCUUGACUAUGAUGUGGGCAGAGCUUAUAAUUCAAGUGGCAAAAAAUUCAAGGGCAAACAUACAUAUGAAGCAGUUGAGUAGUGGAGAUAAGCUCCUCACUUUUAUUUGGCUUUUAAACAAGCUUGUGGAGACAGAUGAUAUGUUUCAUAUUUUGCUUGAUAUUCGAGAAAAUUAGCUUAUGAUAGUCAUGGAGCCUUUAUUAAAGAUCAAACUACAACUAUGUAUUUGAUCAUAGUUCUAUCAAAAGUUCUAUGGAAAAUAUUUAAUUUUUAAUAACCAAAGUAAUGUAUGUAUGGUGUUCUUUUUAAUUGUCUGUGUUUUUAUGAAAAGAUAAUCUAUAUUGUGUAGUCAUAUGUUAUAUUAUUGUAUCUUUUGAUCAUAAGUUACACAUUCACUUAUUCAUUUAGUGAAGGUGGAAAGAUCU